GAGUACUAUUUCCGGACGGGAGCGGGCCUGCCUCGGAUUAACCAGCGGUAAUCAAGGACAGGGCAUAAAUAACACUUUGUGGGAUAUCUGAGUCGGCAAGGAAGAGAGUGAUUGACAACGGAGUGGUUUCGGAGGGGCAAAAUUCUUUGUACCAAUUCAAUCAACGAUUUAUCGCAUCCAUGGAUGGAGCCGCAUAAACGAACUUGUCCGCGGAGCUGCAGCGCUCCUUGGGGACCAUGUGUUUGCAUGCCCAGCCAGGGCUUUCUAGAAGGCUGACGUACACGAUUCGUACCAUUUCACUGGGAUUGCCCUGCUGCCUGGUCUCUGGUGUUGCAAGAAUUACGCCUCGUCUGCUUGAGGGAAUAAUACCUUGCCGCUUUGUGUUUCCGCCUUGCGUGUUUUUGGUACAUCAGCCUCGAGUAUUACAUUGCAUCCUGGAUACAUUGUCCAGGCAUACUUGGUACCAAAGGAUGCACCCCCGUGCCUCCAGACAAGUACAAAACACCCGUUGUAGGGCUGACAAAGAUCCAACGUUGCUUGCUCCCCUGCGUGCCCGCUUCACCCCCUCCCUUGCUACCGCUUACCCGAAGAGGCAUAGUCGGAGGCGGGCCAUUAAAAAAAGAGCAGGAUUGCCGACGGGAAGGGGCUGGGAAGUCCCCCCACUGGCAGUUGUCAUCCCUGACUGGCCGCAUCCCGGGUUUGCCGUUGAACCCGAUCUGAACACCAUUUGAAGAACCGCGCGCACCUUCUUGCGCGCCUCCUGCAAAGGUUCAUCUGAUCUUUAGUGCGUUCUUACACGAGUGGA